UGUUUGCAAAGUCAACUACAAAGGAAAUAAAAGUAACAGCCUUACCUAAACUUCUAACUGAGCUGUCAAAUAUUCAAGUAAAAUACUCAUUAAUUAUGAGUGAUCCCACUUGCAGGACCAUUAAACUGCUGGUGAUAAAAUCUGUGGAUACUGUGGAAGGCUCUGAGAUCUGAGGUGCCGCGUGACUGCAUACUCUGAAUUCUCGCUGCCAAGAUGGGGAAACAGAACAGCAAGCUGCGCCCGGAGGUCAUGCAGGACUUACUGGAAAGCACAGACUUUACAGAGCACGAGAUCCAGGAAUGGUACAAAGGCUUCUUGAGAGACUGCCCCAGUGGACAUUUGUCAAUGGAAGAGUUUAAGAAAAUUUAUGGGAACUUUUUCCCUUAUGGGGAUGCUUCCAAAUUUGCAGAGCAUGUCUUCCGCACCUUCGAUGCCAAUGGGGAUGGGACAAUAGACUUUAGAGAAUUCAUCAUAGCCCUGAGUGUAACGUCCAGAGGGAAGUUGGAGCAGAAGCUGAAAUGGGCCUUCAGCAUGUAUGACUUGGAUGGCAAUGGCUACAUCAGCAAGGCGGAAAUGCUAGAGAUUGUCCAGGCAAUCUAUAAGAUGGUUUCAUCCGUAAUGAAAAUGCCUGAAGAUGAAUCGACCCCAGAGAAAAGGACAGAAAAGAUCUUCCGCCAGAUGGACACCAAUAGAGAUGGAAAACUCUCCCUGGAAGAGUUCAUCCGGGGGGCCAAAAGUGACCCGUCCAUCGUGCGCCUCCUGCAGUGUGACCCGAGCAGCGCUGGCCAGUUCUGAAAUCCCCCCAGUGAAUCCCAGAGCUGCUCAAGUUCUCGUUUGAGUUUUCUUUUUUUUUUUUUUGCCAAGUAAUAUUGAUGGUGAUGCUGUCCUCUGUGCAACCAGAUGAGCCUUCCUCUGUGACGCCUUCUGCUUCUUUUGUCGUGGAUGCUUCGUGGGAAUGCCCAGUGCUCCAGUGUGCUUGUGGAGAGCAUGGACUGUGCUGUUGUACACAGACUUUGCGGUGUUCUUUGUUCCAACGAUGCUUAAUCAUCAUUAUUGUUAUUUUUUUUCUCUUUCUAUUCUAAUGUCUAUUCUGAAACCAAGACUUGAUGGGGCAAGCGAAGGGAACAAAUCUAGCCCAGUGAUUCUACUGCAAGCUUUGAGGGACUUGUUUGAAAGACGGAAACGCCUGCCUGGGUGGUUGUCACACACACCCUAGAGGUGAUGGACUCCCCAAGAACAAGCUACCCUCUGGGUCAAGGCUAUUAAAGGGACCUGGGGAAUUCUUCUGUGGAGGCUCACUCUACCCUCUUCCUCAGAAGGCUAUAGUUUCUAAGCUGUGAACAUUGUAAGGUAAAUAAAUAGAAGAAGAGGAAAAAGAUGGCUCAGCUAUUUUUUUCACAAGUUUACAUUGGUUGAGCUGAUAUGAGUUUCUUUGGAAAUUAAACACAAAUGGUAACUUAUAUUCCAAAACAAGACCCAUCUUGUUGCCUAUUGUGAUUAAAAAAAAAAAAAAAAAAAAAAAGA